AUGUCUGUGCCUCUCAUCGUGUGCUCCGUCCUCAAAGACGAGGACGCCCGCACCAACUUGCUCUACCUGAACCCACACGACGCCGACAGUUGCGUUGGCAACUCCGGGAUUGUCAUGAUCAACGACUUCCUCUUCACGGUGUCCGCACACGUUGGGAUCAGAGUCGGUCAUAUCGGGAUGAACAGCAUUCAGCGCCGCCUGCUCGGCCUCUCAGUCACGACAGGCAGCACAGUGAUUCUUCGGACGCCCCCGCAGCACAUUCCAGCCAUUGCGAAAAUGCUUCUGCGGGUGGAGCACAUUGUGGUCUCCAAGAAAGGUGGGACGUUGGACUGCAUGGAGUUUAUUACCUACUUUAUUAGGCACUUCUCUGCGCAGUGCUUUCGUGAGUCACAGAUGUUGGCCGUGGUACUGGACUCCGGUCUCCGACUCUUGGCGACGGUGACGCAGCUCGACUGUGAUGGGCUGGGAAGUGUUGGUGUGCUUGACCCCACCACAAAUCUCAUUAUUAGUGUCACGGAGAAGAGCGAAAUCACUCUCACGAACGUGCCAGACAAUCAGUUGGACGCCCAGCAACCACAGUUGAUGCAAAACUUCGACCUUGAGAGCCUUGGUAUCGGUGGGCUGCGAAAAGAAUUUGCUCAGGUGUUUCGCCGUGCCUUUGCGAGUCGCCUCUUUCCUGCAUCUUACAUGAAGAAAUUGGGGGUGAAACACGUCAAGGGGGUCCUGCUGUAUGGUCCACCAGGCACCGGGAAGACACUCAUUGCCCGCAAAAUUGGGGAAAUUCUCAACUGUCACCCGCCAAAGAUUGUCAAUGGCCCAGAGGUGUUUAACAAGUUUGUUGGCGGGACGGAGGAAAAUGUGCGAAAGCUCUUUUUGGAUGCCGAGGCGGAGGAUGCGACAAAGGGGGAGCUCUCCAAGCUACAUCUAAUCAUUUUUGAUGAGUUUGAUGCCAUUUGUAGGCAGCGUGGUGCUGUGCGGGACUCCACAGGUGUCAACGACAACGUGGUGAAUCAACUGCUCUCCAAAAUUGACGGGGUAAACUCGUUGAACAACGUCCUUCUCAUCGGCAUGACGAAUCGAUUGGAUCUCAUUGAUGAAGCUAUCCUGCGCCCGGGCCGAUUUGAGGUGCAUGUAGAGAUCAGCCUCCCAAACGAGGAGGGGCGAGAGGAAAUUUUUCGCAUCCACACCCGCGGAAUGCGUGAGAACGGCGUCAUUAGCAAGGACGUGGCCUUGGCGGAGCUCGCCAGUUUAACCAAAAACUACUCUGGUGCUGAGAUUGAGGGUGUGGUGCGCUCUGCCAUUUCCAACGCAUUCAACAAGCACAUCGACCUCGACAACCCAACCGAGGCGGUGCAGGUGAGUGACGUGUUUGUGUCAAGGCAUGAUUUUCUUCAGGCCAUUGAGGAGGUGCAACCCGCGUUUGGACAGGCAAAGGAGGAGUGUAGCAACCUUAAGGGCGGCGGUAUUAUUUGUUACGGUAAACAAUGGGAAGGAGUGGAGAGCUGCUGCGAACGGUAUGUGGAGCUACUAAAGGGUGAGGGCAAACGCAUCAAUUUGCUCAGCGUGCUUAUUGAGGGGUUGCCAAAUUCCGGUAAAUCAGCUGUGGCGGCGCACCUCGCAGAAAAGGCCGAAUUUCCCUACGUCAAGGUGAUCUCCAGUGAAAGCAUGGUCAGCUAUGGUGAGCUGCAAAAGGUCAAUAUCAUUCGCAAAGCCUUUGAAGAUGCCUAUCGGUCUCCUGCAAGCAUUAUCAUUCUUGACGAUAUUGAGCGUAUUAUUGAGUUCUCUCACCUGGGUGGUCGCUACAGCAACACACUUUUGCAGGCGUUACUCGUGCUUAUCAAGCGGCCACCACCGGAGGGCAGAAAGCUGCUCGUGAUCGGCACAACAUCCCUGUAUGAGAUUCUGGAUAGCCUCGAAAUGGUUUCAUGCUUCUCCGUGAAGAUGACGCUUCCAGGUGUUCCUCCAUCAGCGCUUCAGGUGAUUGCCAACGAUCUUGGGCUUCCAUUUGCGACACAAGCAGAUUUAUACCACUGCGUUGACCACCUCUUCCCGGGGUCUAUGCCGAUAAAACAGUUGUUACUUGUCUUGGAGAUGUCUGUUGAGAAAGGAGCAGACGGGAAUUCUGUCAUUACUUCCAAAACGUUUGAGCAGGCGCUUGAAUCUGUUGGGUUGCGUCGAAGCUGA